GGCCUUUAGUCCGUAUUUAAUGUCGUCUGCUACUUUUAAAGCACACACCGCACUCGAACACACAUUUCCCAAAAAUAACAAAUAGUUAAAAAAAAAAUUAUUUAGAAUUAUAAAGAAGUUAAUUGUUAAUAUAGAUUAUUUACUUCACAAAGGAAAAAAGCAAAUAUGAAUUCGUUACGAAAUUGCAGCAAAUUAUUAUUGAACAUCUCUAAAGCAAAUCUUCUCAAUUAUACAGCUCAGAGGAAUAUGAGAAGAACCCUUGCUCCCACUCUAAUAGAACUUACCAGAAGAAAAAGAGCACUAAAAACAAAAAAACCAGAAAUUCGAAAUCAAUUCUUGGAGUGGAAUCGAGAUUCUGAACUUUAUGCAUUCAAUCAAAGACUCUCAGAAAAAUUUGACAUGGACUCACUCGAACGUUCAUUAACACACAGAUCAUAUAUUAUUAUGGAAGAGGAGAAACAAAAGAAAGCUGGCAUUGAAAAUCCUGAAAUAAAUAGAAACGAUAAUAGAGAAUUAAUUGAAGAAGGAAAAACAAUUUUACCGCAAAUCGUUGAAAAUUAUCUAUCAGUUUCAUUGCCCUACGCACCACGUGAAUGUAUUCAAACUUUGUCCAAUUAUCUUCUAUCAACGGAAAUGUUGUCGAAAGUAACAAAAGGCAUUGGAUUGGAAGAAUUAAUAUUGAGUGCUGAAUUUCCAAUUGAUGAAAUAACACUCGUUAAUACAUUUUAUGCAUUAAUUGCAUCAUUGAAGAAUUGUGUUGAUUUAAAUCACGCAAGUAUUUUUGUUCGUGAUUUUCUUAUUGUCAAUUUGGCCGAGAAGGAUUUAAUGGAAAUUUAUUGUCCAGAUGAGCCAAUUGAUGUUAUUGAUGAUAUUCUAGGAAAUGAAAAUAGAGAGCCAGUGGAGCCAAGAAUUAUCGGUCAAUCUGGUGUAACGACAAUUCAGUCCGUUUAUCACAUUGGGCUUUAUUCUGGAGAAGAUUUUCUUGGUUCAGGAUUCGGCGAUUCAAUCGAGGAAGCGAAAACGGCUGCAGCAAUAAAAACUUUAAGUGAAAUGUUCGGUUUGACGGACUCGAGCCAACCAAUAAGAUGCGAUUUAAAAAUUAAUCAGCCAGUGGAAAGUGUACCAUUAAAAACAUGGCGUAGAUCAAAUGCAUAAAAAAAAGAUCAUCAUUUCCACGUGAAAGAAAAAAAAAUUUCAUUAUAGAACCAAA